UGUUUUUUUUUUUUCCCUAGAAUAAAUGCCUCCUUCUAUGAGAUCUUACAGAUGGACUUUGAAAUUGACAACAGCAGUGGGUUGGCGGGAGCUCAGCAAGUUACCUGGCAAGUCGAGUACCCCGGGGAAGACUCGGCAAGCGAGCUGGUGGUCUCCGAGAUCUUCGUCAGCCAGACAACGUUCGCCGGCAUCGUUCCUCUGGCAAUGGACACGGAAGUAUUGAACACUGCUAUUCUGACGGGGAAGGCGGUCUCAGUUCCAGUCAAAGUGGUUGCUGUAGGACAGGAUGGUUCGGUGGUCGAUGUUUCGGAUGCAGUGGAGUGUAAGUCCACAGAUGAAGACGUCAUUAAGGUUUCGGAUAACUGUGACUCCAUCUUUGUGAAUGGAAAGGAGAUGAAGAGUAAAGUCGACACCAUUGUGAACUUCACCUACCAGCAUUUCACUACUCAGCUAGAAGUGACCGUCUGGGUCCCAAGGCUGCCUUUGCAGAUUGAGAUCUCAGACACAGAGCUGAGUCAGAUCAAGGGAUGGAGAAUCCCCGUUGCUCCCAACAAAAGGCCCACUCGGGACAGCGAAGACGAUGAGGAUGAUGAAAAGAAAGGGCGAGGCUGCACCCUUCAGUACCAGCAUGCCAUGGUGCGUGUGCUGACCCAAUUUGUGGCGGAGUCCUUGGAUUUAGGAGGCCAGCUGACCUAUAUGUUGGGCUCUGAUUGGCAGUUUGACAUCACCGAUCUAGUAACAGAUUUCAUGAAGGUGGAAGAACCAAGAAUUGCCACGUUACAAGAUGGCAGGACGCUGGUCGGUCGUGAGCAGGGAAUAACAACAGUGCAGGUCCUCUCACCUCUCUCUGAUUCCAUCUUGGCUGAGAAGACAGUCAUAGUACUGGAUGAUCGGGUCACCAUCACAGACCUAGGGGUACAACUCGUGGCUGGCUUAUCUCUUUCUUUGCAGCCCAACAAAGGAAAUAAAAGAGCCAUUGUUUCAACAGCUGUUGCUCAUGAUAUUCUUCAUACCCCACAACAGGAAGCAAUAGUCAGUUCCUGGCUUUUGUUCAGCGAUGGCUCCGUCACUCCCUUAGACAUUUAUGAUCCUAAGGAUUUUGCUGUUGCUGUUACGUCGCUGGAUGAGAUGGUGGUAUCUGCCCAGCCAAACCUUCAGUCCAAGUGGCCCAUUGUUGUUGCAGAGGGGGAAGGGCAAGGACCAUUGAUCAAGUUAGAAAUGAUGAUCAGUGAACCUUGUCAGAAAACCAAGAGAAAAAGUGUCCUCGCAGUUGGGAAAGGAAGCGUCAGGGUAAAAUUUGGGCAGACAGUGGAUGAGAACCAAGGAAGCACCAACGAUAUCGAGGGUAUCAAUCGUGAAUAUAAAGAGCACCUGAGUAAUUCCAUAGAGAGGGAAGGAGAUCAGGAGAGGGCCAUACAGGAAUGGUCCAAACAUGGCACUUCAUUGGGCCAGGAAGAAAGUGGCAAUAAAUCCACCACUCCACAGUCAUCUCUGGAGGGAAAGGGUAACAAGUUCCUAGAGAAUGGCCAACUCCAGAAUAAUCCAGAUGCCUUCACAAGUUUCCCAACCCAAGUGGAGUUACCAGAGCCAAAUAAUCCCAAUGAUCUUUCACUGACCUCUAGGGGGUUAACAGACUUGGAGAUUGGCAUGUACGCCCUCCUCUGUGUCUUCUGCCUGGCCAUUUUAGUCUUCUUAAUCAACUGUGUGGCAUUUGCUUGGAAGUACCGGCACAAAAGGUUUUCAGUGAGUGAGCAAGGGAAUAUCCCUCACUCUCACGAUUGGGUAUGGCUUGGGAACGAAGUGGAGCUCUUGGAGAAUCCUGUGGACAUCUCGCUCCCAUCGGAGGAGUGCACCACCAUGCUUGACCGUGGGAUGCAGUUUGAGGAGAGCAACUUCCUUCUCAAUGGCAGCUCUCAGACAGCACUACACAGCCAACUCCUUCGGCCAUCCGAUUACGUUUAUGAAAAAGAAAUAAAGAGCGAACCUCUAAAUCCUGGCCCCAAAAGGAAACGAGUCAAGUUCACUUCAUAUACCACCAUUCUCCCAGAGGAUGGAGGUCCAUACACCAACUCUAUUCUCUUUGACAGUGAUGAUAACAUCAAGUGGGUUUGCCCAGAUAUGAGUCUUGGAGACUCCCAAGAGUUUAGAGACUAUAUGGAAAGACUGCAAGACCAGUUGUAAACUACUUUAUUAUGUUUGUAUUCACCUUUAUGCCUUCUGUUUUGGAAUGGUGGAGCAGGAAGUCCUGUCAGCAAUAGGGGAGGACAAAGCCAAGCUCAAGUCGUGGAGGUCUGGAGGGACCACUUCACAAGCGGGUAGAAGAGCUAUGAUGGUUUCAUUUGAAGCCAGGGCGUGCCCCUCACAAAAACCAUAUGGCGGAUCCUGGAAGGGUGUUGAGGGAAGGGGUCUAAGACAGCCAUUUUUUGAUACUGCCUGGUACUAGCACAGUGCUAAUACAAAUAAACUCUGACCCCACAGGACACAGCGCGAGUUUCAUGGCAUCUCAUGAUGGACAGCCGUUUGGAAUUAGAGGACCUGGGGGUUGAUUUUUUUUCUAUUCCUAGUCCUUUGUAAAGCACAGUGGACAUUUCCUUGCCCUUGGCCUGAGAAUAGACAUCUUUGAAAGAUAAUUGAAUGUAGCCAUUUCAUUUUAUUUGUGAUGAGCCGCGCUCAUGGUUUUUUAUAUACAUUUCUACCAACCCCUUAGUUCAUGUGACCUCUGGGUUUCUUUUAGAAAACGGAAGAGAAGAAAUCUCAAACUUUCCUUUUGGGGGAUUCUUUUGAUUUGUAUAAUAUUUUAGCCCAUUGUCUUUGCCAUGCUGUUUAUGAUGUGUUCAUUGGGAUGCUGAUUUUUUUCUCCACGUUGGCAUCUUUUAGCUUUUAGGGACAGUCCCUAAGAAUCUCAUCGUCAUUGUUUCCUUUUCUUCUUCCUCGCUGGAAUCCUGGUAGCAGGCAAGGGGGUGGGGAAGAUGUCCUUUGGCAUCUUUCUGCUCCAGCUUGAUAAGUUUGGAGGGGAGGGGAUAUUAAUGGGGCAUUAGUCAGUUUAUUUUUAUCCUGGGCAACUGGAAGUUAAUGGAAAAUCAGUGGGCCCUAUUUCAUAGGGGGGAAAUGCCUCAAUUAAAACAGCUGUAUUUAUAUAAGAAUGCUGUGGUCAGCACAUUUUAUUAUCCAAAUGGUGAUCUAAAAUCAGAACUGAUACACACAGAAAGAAAAUUGCCUAGGAUUUAGCAGAAGAUUCAAAUCUCCGUCUCCCCCCUCCCCCACUCCAUCCCCUGGACAAUUAUUAUUAUUAUUACUAAUAAAAUGGUAUUCUAAUUAGCAAUAUAUGUAGAAAUCCACCUAUACAGUGACUUGGAAAAAAAUAUCCAUUAUCAUAAUUCUGGAAGAGAUGAAACCUUUAUAGGAUGUGCACUGAAGGAGAAAAGGGAUGGGUAUUAUCCCAAAAAUUCUUCGGGAGGAAGUGACUGUUCCUCAGUUCAUGGAACAGUUUUUAUGAAAAAAUAAAUCAACAAACAUGAGGGCUGGCAAUAGAAAAUGGUAAAAGGAAAAAGGAGACAACGGGCCAUCUCUCUACAACUUGUAAGCUGGAAAAAAAAUUAUUCGAAGAACAACAUGGUUGGUUUUCAGUGAAGCAAAGAUUUACAGCCGGGAAAAUACGUCAAGGUCUUUGUUGUAUUUCUGCUGGUCGAGGGCAGAAUUCGGGCUAGAGUGGUCUCUCCUGGCAGACUUUCUUGAGCCAGUGGUGUUUACCAAUGACUUAAGGCAAGUGUCAGAUAGCUAAAGAACUUUGACAAGUCAUUUGACCCACUUGCCUCUUUCUUGGUAGGUUGAUGGCUGAUUGAAUCAGCCAAGACAUGUGAUGAAUAUUCUUCCAGGGACAGAGUCUACUCAAAGUGUCCCUGUCAAUAUCUUCCAGGAUUUAAUCACGUUUGCUGUCAAAAAGGUCUUCCUUGAUUUCUUGCUUCCAGGAUUAUGGGAUUUAGGUAUACAUUGCACUAGGUACCAGGUAGAAUACAUAGAGGGCCACUGGGAGAGAAACUUCAGAUGAUAAGUCAUGCUUGAGGCCAACUUUCUAUGGCUAGUGUGCUAGUGUCCAAGACCAGAGGCUUGGUAAAAUUAGGAAGCAGCCCCUUCCUCUUGGCCGAGGGAUGAAAUAUUGUGACCCUCAGAAGUGUUUGCUAACAAAAAGAUUUCUCAAUGAGAGAGAUAGACCAAGUGUAGAGGAGGGAGGGAACUCGUUAAUUAGGCAAGAGGUUCCUGGGUAGCUACUAAGGUAUUCCUUGAGGAUAUGAUCCUUGUCAACCAAGUGGGUCAGUUACAGUGGACAGAUAUCAUGGUAAAGUGGAAAGACUGCUGCACUUGGAGUUAGAGGUCCUUGAUUCAAAUCCUUGCUCUAUUUUUUACUUUAUGACCCAGGGCAAGUCAUUUUAUUCCUUUUAGCCUCAGCUCUUCAUCUGUACAAUGAAGGAGAUUGAUUGGCUGUUCUCUAAAUUUCCUUCCAGUUUUAAUUUUAUACCGAACCUAGGAGAUUCUGAGACUUUAAAAUAGUCUUUUUAAAAUAGUGGAUUCUUCACGUUGGACCUACUUGUUUUUAAGGGUUUUUCCUUCUAUUUUGGAGCCUCUUGGAUUGGCUUAAGCAUAAAGAAGGUAAAUUAAUGAAACCAAUGGGUCUAAACUAAAUCAGGAGUGGGCCAGGCCUCCCUCCUUCCCUUGGUUGCAAGAUGAUUUCAAAAAAAGAAAAGAAAAGAAUAAAUAAGUUAACUGGGAGUUCACCUUUGUACUGAGAACUAUAGUUAAAACAGUUUGCAAAUUAAAAGCUUUUCCUAGGAGUAGGAGGCUGCAAUGAGAGGAUAACCACAAAGGCCUUUAGAAUUUGGCAGCUAUAGGAGGCUGCAGAGAAAAAGGCUACACAGAUGAUGAAGAAGCCAGAGCUUAGCUUCUGGAAUGAAUGCACUGUUUCUGUUAAUUACAACACUCUCCCCACCACACACACCAAACUCCUCCUGGCUGACAUAUCUUUGAAUUUCCCUUAAUUUAAUUUAAUUUAAUUUUUUUAAAGACUGAAUUUCCUUAUCUUGUCUGGGCUGGGUGCAUCGGGGCAGCUCAUGAACUUGGUCUCACUCUUUGUAGCACUGAAGCUUUGACCCUCUCUAUGUCUGAUCUAGCCUAGUUUGCCCUUCAUUAGGCAACCUGUUGGCCCUCAGUUUCUGCUGCUUCACCAAAAUUAUGCUGACCUUAUUAAUAAAGCAGAAAUGACUUCGUCCAGUGCAACUCCACAUUCCCAGGACCAGCAAGCUUUCCAGAGCCAGCAUAGCCUCCUGGGAUUACACGUGGAUGCUAUUGUAUCCCACCCAAGAUAGUUUAGAAGUAAGCGAGCAAGAAAAUGCCUAAUUGUUGGGGGAUCCAAUGCUGUUUACCUUUAAAUAAACAGGUAUCAGUUUUAUACAAGGUAUCAUUGGGAUUUGGCUGAUUACUGAAGACAUCAGGAGAAAAAAUCCUGAUGUGUCCAUGAUCUCAUUUGUUUAGAGAAUGUAAAGAGGGGAAAACUAUAGACUGCAUGAUAGAUGCUUGUAUGACUUGAUCUAUCACUGCACCAGAUACAACAGGGAAGUUAGGCUCCUUCUUUCCUUUGAAAAUAAAAGCUUCGAUUUGCCUGAUUUAACUACGUUUCACCCCAGAAGACUCCUAAAUUCAUAGAUUCUCAGAGUUGGAAGAAGGAAAGUAAAUAAUUUAUAAAAUUCCCAAGUCACAGAAUAUUAGAUUUGGAAGGGUUCUCAGUCAUAUCUGGGCCAACUCAGGCUGGAAACUAACAUACCCUACAAGUAUCUGUUCUUCUUCCACAGGAAGACAUCCAAUGGAGCGAUUGGGAGGGCUGUCCCAUCUUGAGAUAUCCCAUUCCAUUUUGGGAUGAUUAUCAUUGUUGGGAAAUUUUCCCCAAAGACUGUAAAUUGCCUUUUUGUAACUUUCCCAUAGUGCUCCUGGUUCUGCCUUCUUGGCCCAAGCAGAACAGAUUUGAACCCUCUGUGUGAGAGUCCUUCACACAUUUGAAAAUAGCCCUCAUAGCCCUCAUCCUCCACACACACCAAUCUUUUCUCUGAGUCUCUUAAACUUCUCCUCUCUCCUAGUUCCUUCAACCAUUUCUUAUUUGAUAUGAACUCAAGGUUCUUUAACAUCCUGGUUGCCAUCUUCUGACAUUCUCCAGCUUAUAAAUUUUUUUUUCUUAAAUUGUGGGACUUUUGGUCCUAGAACUAAGCCAGUACUCCAGAUGAGGUUGGAAUGGUCAGAGGAUAGAGAGACUAUAUCUUCUUUUAUGUCACACUCCUUUAAAUAAAGCUCUAAAACACAAUCACAUUUUUGGCCACCAAUAAAAUAACUAUAGAAUCCACAAGGACCGUAGAUUGAGAGCCAGAAGGGAUCUUUGAAAUCAUUUCAUCCAACUCCCUAAUUUUAGAGAUGAGGAAACUGAGACUCAGAGAUUGCAAUUUGCCCAAUAUCACAAAGGCAAUAAAUAAAUGGCAGAGACUGGAUUCGAAUUUACAGCUUCUGAUUUUAACUCUCAUGCUCUUUCCACUAUACCAUGAUGCCUCUUCAUAUUCUAAUCCAUCAUUUUAAUCCAUCUUUUAAAUUUUAUUUUUAAUUAGACACAUUGAUAAAGCACCUAAUAUGUACCAGAUACUGUCCUUGGUAUUAUGGAUGCAAACUUUAAAGUUAAACAAUCCUUCCCUUCAAGGAACUUUUAUUCUAUAGCAAUCACCAAUAAGUGGUCAUCCAGUGAGGGGAAAUCUACUAUUCAUUUUUUAGAAAACAUUAUUUAGCACUUAUUGUCUACAAAGCACUGUGCUAGGUUGUGGGCAUAGAGGAGUUUGGGUUCCCCAUACAUUGAACAAUUUCUUCAUCUCUAAAAUGAGAGGGUUGAACUAGAUGGCCACUGUGGUCUCUCCCAGCCCUUAAUGGUCAUAGGACCCUCUGAGUCUUCCUAACUUCCCAAGAUAGUUUGUCAAUCAAUCAUUCAAUUAAGAAGCAUUUUUAAGCAUUUAGUGUAUGACCUCAGUGUUCUUGGAACCAGGUAUACAAGGACAAAAAGAAACAGUCCCUGUUCUAUAGGAGUUGAGUAUUCCAAAGGCACAGCACAUGUUAGGGUAGCUCCAAUUGUCCGUAGAACUUUCUCUUUGAAAUGUCAACACUUCGCUUCCAGGGUCCUGGAUGCACAAUAAAAAGACACAGCCCAGAAGCAGCUGUAGACACUGAAAUGACAGAAAUGGAGCUAACAUAUAAGCUAGAGAAAGUGAAGCCCAGCAUUUCUAGGGAGAGGAUGGCCAUCCCAUUAGAACAUCAGCUUCUUAAGGUCAGGGACUAGCUUUGCCUUGGUUUGUACUCCCAAGGUUUUUAGUCCAGUACCUGGUGUGAAUUGCUUAACAAAUUCUUGUUCAAUGAUUGGCUUAUCUCAAUGAUCAAAACCUAGCAACUGAAAAAACAAUCUUUCAUCCCUAGAGACUGUUCCCCUAUCCCACCCAGACUGGAAGAGUAGGAGCCAGCCAUGGCCACUAAGAGGGUGAUCCAACUGCUAAUCUCUUCUUUUGGACCUCUCUCCUUCCUGGAGCUAAUGAGAUUGGGGUUGGACCUCAUGUGGAAACCUGAGAACUCCUGAAUUCAAGCAAUCUGCCAACCUCAGCUACCCUAGAACCAAGGACCAUAGGGAACAUGGGCUUUGGACACCAUGCCUGGCUUAGUGUGAUUUGCCAAUAACCGAAGGACAAGAAUGAGAGAAGGGAUGAGAGGGAAGGAGGGAGGCAAAUUAUCUAGAAACCAGGAGCCUGAACUUCCUGCAAAUUUAAGAAGAUAUUUGAGGGAAAUCAGGCUUCAGACACUUGCUAGCUGUGUGACCUGGGCAAGUCACUUAAUCUCAUUUGUCUAGCCCUUGCCCUUCAUUUACAAUUGUUACUAAGACAGAAAGUAAGGGUUUUUUUUUAAAAGAAGAUAUUUAAAGGUAAAUUGGCCAUUCCACUAGAGAGCAGGGAGAGAGAGCACUAUAAUGCUUCCCCCCCCCUUUCUUUUCCUUUUUAUUUUAAUUUUAGGGCAUACAUGAUAUCUCUUCCACUUGUGUGCAGAUUCAGAAAGGGGAAAACUGCUUUGUGAGGAUUUUACUUUGCAUAUUGGCCAAACUAGCAUCAUGAAAUGCAGAACAUCUGGCCCAUCACCACAUCUGUUUAAGAAUCAUUCUCCAUAGCUUUCCUUUCAAUUCCUUUUGGUUAUAAUUUAUCCUGAAAAUUUUUGCUAAGGCAGUCAAAGGGUCAUAGAUUUAGAAUGAGAAAAGAACUUAGAGGAUCAUCUAGACCAGUGGUGCCAAACUCAAAUGGAAACAGAUCUCUGAAGCUUAGAAAACCACAGAUCAACAUUAUCUAUGUCAUAUCAUAUUAUUUAUUUUGUUCAACAUUUCCCAAUUACAUUUUAAUCUCAUUCUGACUGCACUGGAGGGCCUCAAAUUGACACUUCUAAUUUUUUACAUUAAGAAACUAAAGCCCAAAGAGGAAAGGUGACUUGUACAAACUCACACGACUAGGAUGCAUGUUACACACAUGCAUUAUGUUCAUGUAUGACAUACAAAUAACACACAUCCGUAUGUAUGUUAGAACUAAGACGUGAACCUAGAUCCUUGAACCCUACUGCAGAGCCAACAGUCCUUGUACUGCUCCCUACAGACUUCCCACUGUGGUGCAGAAUUGUGGAGUUAAAGAAUUAUACUCAUGAUAGCUGGAAGGGACCUUAGAUAGGAUCUGGUCCAACCCUUUCUACAGAUGAGAAAAACUGAGGACUAGAAAGUGACUAACCCAGUUAGUAAGUGGCAUAAUCAGGAGUAGACGGGGGUCACUUUACUAAGCAUCCACUGCUGAUUUACUACUCUUCCUACAAGAGGGCAUUGUCUAACCAUAGAACAGGACCAUUCAGAUCAAAUAAAGGGGCGCUUACCCUGAAAUGUUCAUAUAACUGAGAUGAAAACAGAAUGAGUUAUCUCAGUGCUUGACUUAGCGCUUUACUUCACUGGGUAUUUGUGGGUAGAAACAAAAUGUCAAUGGUAUGUAGGCAGAGAAAUGGAUCUCCCAGCAAAGCACCAUUUUAUGUAACCUGUAUAGAGGAAGUAUGGCAUAAUGAGUAGAGUGCUAGACUCGGGUUCAAAUCCUCUCUCCAGCAUUUAUUAAAUUUGUGACCUUGGGCAAUCCACUAGAUGUCUACAUGACUCAGACAACUCCCUAGGAUUUCUCUACUAAGUUGAAGGGAUAGUCCAUGUGCAUUGAUGGAGGGAAUUUCCCCUGUUGGAGUCUACCAAGCAGUUGGUUGGAAAUUUACAUCCUUCCUGUAUAGUACAUUAUAUGAAUAAAUACAUAACAUAUGAGCUCUUUUAAAUGGACAAUGGCAAAGUUAUGCUAAAAGCAUACAGUGAAUUUUUUCUUUUUUUUCUUCAUUUAACUUAAUGCACACAACAUAGCAAGGAUGCUAAAAGGUAUAUUGGAAUGAAAGCAUUUGGAGAGAGUAAUGUGCAAGGAGGCAGGUUGACAGUGUACAUACAUCACCCCUUGAAAUAUUUAAAUGGUAGAGGAAAACUGACAAGUUAUACCCUCUUGAAAUGCAAGAAAUUCAAAAAUUCUGACCUGGAAAGAAAACAGUUUUUGGUUGGGGCUAUUGGUAGUGAUGCUGAGGUCUUUAAACCUCAUUUUUCAUUGUUCUCUGGAAUUUGUUUUUGCUUCCUCUCCCUCCUCCCCUUGAAAUAUUUCAGAAAUAAAGUUUUCCAAUAUAAAGGUGUCUUCUAACCACAGGGUAAGUCAUCAUUUUUAACAUGGAAAUAAACAUUUAAACAUUCUUCAA